AUGUGCAGUCAUCUGGCUGCGCGAGAGGGGCAUCUCCCGGUUAUCCAGUUUCUACUCAGCAAUGCAGCUACUUCAGCCUUAGUGCUGGAAGCCAUUAAUGAUCGUGGAGAGACACCUAAGAUGGUGGCACAGCAAUUUCUUAAGCAGUCUGUGGUGCAUUAUAUUGAGAAAGCUGAGUGGGCUCGUGAGAAUGGAGGCUUUUUUGAUGGCACCCAUGAUUCAGAAUCCCAUUUAAAUGCUGUGGGAUUUCCGGCACACGACGCUGCCUUUAAAGGAGAUCUGAACCAACUUCGAGUCCUAAUUGAGAAUGGUGUUGUUAAAGUGAAUGAACGCGACGAAUACGGUUCAACACCACUGCACAAAGUUCGACAAAUUACCUCAUUAAAUUUAGCCGCUGGUCAGGGCCAUAUUGACUGCAUUCAAUGGCUUCUGCAAUUUGGUGCCAAUUCAAACAUUUUAAGUGAUGCAGGAGAAAGCCCAAAAGAUGUGGCACAUCGGUUUGGUCAACUUGCCGCACUUCAUCUGCUCUCGCCAGACGUCGACGAACGCGAAAGCCAUCUUGACGCUGUAGGAGAGUCGCCUGUCUUGGACCUAGCAACUGAGCUUUGCUCCGAAUAUGAAGACAUUGAUGUGACCCUGCUAAAAGGAGUAUUGCCUUUUGGUGACACAGAGGGUCAACCUAUUCGCCUAACGGAUAAACAGAAGAUGGAAGCCCGAGGUAAGCUCUCUCUUCUUACCAAUUCUUUGCUGCCACAUUCAAAAUAUAAAAUUUCUACGGGUUUUAAUAUCGGUUAA